GUGAGGGGCGGCGCGGCUCGGCUACCUUCGAGACCAGUAUCAGACCAGGACCAUAGCGUCCGUAGGGGGUAGUCACGGUUCGUGUGGUGCGGGACUCGGGGCAAGAGCCGGCCUGACAGAUCCUCCGGAGCUAGGGGCCAGGAGGGGGCGACUUUGGGGAGCUGAGCGCUGUCCUCGGCGUCCUUGGACUCCCGGAGCGGAAUCGGUUCGGUUCCGAGCCUGGAUCCCUCAGCAGGGCUGAAUAGGAUCACAGUUGUAGGGAGCCCCACAACAGGGACAAAUUCCACCUCUCGUCUGAAGGCUCAACACCUGACACCUGGAUUGCACGUGUGGAAGGUUUGCUUCCAGAAGGUUGAAUGUCCGCGCCGAUCAGUCAGUCCUAAAACUGCGCCGGUGUGAGGGGCACCGAACACGAAUGCCCACUGAAGGCCUGUGCCUCCAGGACCAUUGGCUGCCCAUGAGAAAUGAAGAAUGGCAUCCAAGGGGGCCGGCAUGUCUUUAUCCCGAAAGAACUAUAAGCUGACCUCAGAUGCUGAGAAAUCCAGGGUCACAGGCAUUGUGCAUGAGAAGCUGCUGAAUGACUAUUUGCACCGCAUCUUUUCCUCUACUGACCAUGUGCCCCCUGCAGCCACCAGCAGGAAAUUCCUGAACUUCCAGAACCUACCAGAGCGUCUGGACCAGCUGCUACAGGUGGACAGUGAAGAUGAGGAAAGCCAGGGACAGGUUGAAGGGCGGCUUGGCCCGUCCACAGUGGUACUAGACCACACAGGAGGCUUUGAGGGCCUUCUCCUGGUGGAUGAUGACCUCCUGGAGGUGAUUGGACACAGCAACUUUGGGACUAUCCGCUCCACUACAUGUGUAUACAAAGGCAUAACCCCACUCUUUCCAGGGAAGUGGCUCUACGAGGUGCUCAUCUCCUCCCAGGGGCUCAUGCAGAUUGGCUGGUGCACCAUCAGCUGCCGCUUCAAUCAGGAGGAAGGGGUUGGAGACACACCCAACUCCUAUGCCUAUGAUGGGAACCGGGUGCGCAAGUGGAACGUGACCACAACAAAUUACGGCAAGGCCUGGGCAGCGGGGGACAUUGUAAGCUGCCUGAUUGACCUGGAUGCUGGUACUCUCUCCUUUUGCCUGAAUGGUGUGUCACUGGGCACUGCCUUUGAGAACCUGUCCAAGGGCCAAGGCAUGGCCUACUUCCCAGCCAUCAGCCUGUCUUUUAAGGAGUCUGUGGCCUUCAACUUUGGCAGCCGUCCUCUGCGCUACCCAAUGGAAGGCUUCCGGCCUCUGCAGGACCCACCUGGUGCUGACCUGGUGCGGGCACAGAGGUUGCUGGGCUGUUUCCAGGCAGUACUCAGUGUGGAGUUGGACCCUGCGGAAGGGCGGCUGGUGGAGAAGGAGAGCUCGGAGUGGCAGUUGCAAGGGCAGCCCACUGUCCUCCUCACUCUGGCCCACAUCUUCCAUCGUUUUGCACCACUGCUGCACAAGGUGUACCUGGUGGAGGCUGUGCUCAUAAGCUUCCUGCUGGGCAUUGUGGAGAAGGGCACAUCUGCACAAGCGCAGUCUGUGGUGCACCAGGUCUUGGACCUCUUUUGGCUCUUCAUGGAGGACUAUGAGGUACAGGAUUGCCUCAAGCAGUUGAUGAUGUCUCUGCUGCGCUUAUACCGGUUUUCGCCAAUUGUCCCAGACCUGAGCCUACAGAUCCACUAUCUGAGGCUCACUAUCUCCAUCCUGAGGCAUGAGAAGUCCCGCAAAUUUCUGCUUAACAAUGUCCUCUUUGAUAUGCUUCGGUCAGUUAUCUUCUUCUACAUCAAGAGCCCCCUUCGUGUGGAGGAGGCCGGGCUGCAGGAACUCAUUCCCACCACCUGGUGGCCCCACCGCUCCAGCAGGGAGGGCAGAGAGAGUAAGGAGGUGAAGGAGGAGACAGCAGAGGAGAGGCUCCGGCGUCGAGCCUAUGAGCGGGGCUGCCAGAGGCUCAAGAAGCACAUUGAAGUGGUAGAAGAACUACAGGUCCAAAUCCUGAAGCUGCUGUUGGACAAUAAAGAUGACAAUGGGGGUGAAGCUUCUAGGUACAUCUUUCUGACCAAGUUCCGGAAGUUUCUGCAAGAGAAUGCCAGUGGCCGGGGGAAUAUGCCCAUGCUCUGCCCCCCUGAGUACAUGGUCUGCUUCUUGCACCGGCUCAUCUCUGCCCUGCGCUACUACUGGGAUGAGUACAAGACUUCCAACCCCCAUGCUUCCUUCAGUGAGGAGGCUUACAUCCCGCCCCAGAUCUUCUAUAAUGGCAAAGUGGACUACUUUGAUCUUCAGCGCCUUGGGGGCCUCCUCUCACACCUUCGGAAGACCCUCAGAGAUGACCUUGCUGCCAAAGCCAACAUUGUGAUUGACCCGCUGGAGCUGCAGGCGGCCACGAUGGAUGACCUGGACGAGGAUGAGGAGCCAGCCCCAUCUGCAGCCCAGCGCCCCAUGCAAGCCCUGGCCAUGGGAGGGGCCCUGCCACUGCCCCGGCCCGGCUGGCUUAGUUCACCAACCCUGGGCCGAGCCAACCGCUUCCUCAGCACAGCAGCUGUGAGCCUCAUGACCCCACGGCGGCCUCUGAGUGCCUCGGAGAAAGUGAAGGUCCGAAUGCUGAGCGUGGAACAGAGGACUCGUGAGGAUAUUGAGGGCAGCCAUUGGAGCGAGGGCCUGCUGCUGGGGCGGCCUCCUGAGGAGCCCGAGCAGCCCCUCACGGAGAACUCCCUGCUGGAAGUCCUAGACGGGGCCAUCAUGAUGUACAACCUCAGCGUCCACCAGCAGCUGGGCAAGAUGGUGGGUGUGUCCGAUGAUGUCAGCGAGUAUGCGAUGGCUCUGAGGGACACGGAAGACAAGAUCCGCAGGUGUCCCAAGCGGAGGAAGGAUAUCCUUGCAGAGUUGACCAAGAGCCAGAAAGUUUUCUCAGAAAAACUGGAUCACCUGAGCCGCCGCCUUGCCUGGGUCCAUGCCACUGUCUACUCCCAGGAGAAGAUGUUGGACAUCUAUUGGCUGCUGCGCAUCUGCCUACGGACUAUCGAGCAUGGGGACCGCACGGGCUCCCUCUUCGCCUUCAUGCCUGAAUUCUACCUGAGUGUGGCCAUCAACAGCUACAGUGCUCUCAAGAAUUAUUUUGGUCCUGUGCACAACAUGGAGGAGCUCCCAGGCUACGAGGAGACCCUGACUCGCCUGGCUGCCAUCCUUGCCAAACACUUUGCCGACACACGCAUCAUAGGCACUGACAUUCGAGACUCGCUCAUGCAGGCCCUGGCUAGCUAUGUGUGCUACCCACACUCCCUGCGGGCUGUGGAGCGGAUCCCGGAGGAGCAGCGUGUUGCCAUGGUGAGGAAUCUCCUGGCACCCUAUGAGCAGCGACCCUGGGCCCAGACCAACUGGAUCCUAGUGCGGCUCUGGAGGGGCUGCGGGUUUGGGUACCGCUAUACACGGCUGCCGCAUCUGCUGAAAACCAAACCUGAUGAUGCCAAUUUGCCCAGCCUCCAGAAGCCCUGUCCCUCCACCCUGCUGCAGCAGCACAUGGCAGACCUGCUGCGGCAGGGCCCUGAUGUGGCACCCAGCUUCCUCAACAGUGUCCUGAAUCAGCUCAACUGGGCCUUCUCUGAGUUCAUCGGCAUGAUCCAGGAGAUUCAGCAGGCUGCUGAGCGCCUGGAGCGAAACUUUGUAGAUAGCAGGCAACUUAAGGUGUGUGCCACCUGCUUUGACCUCUCGGUCAGCCUGCUGCGUGUCCUGGAAAUGACCAUCACGCUGGUGCCUGAGAUAUUCCUUGACUGGGCCCGGCCUACCUCCGAGAUGCUGCUGCGGCGUCUCACACAGCUGCUGAACCAGGUGCUGAACAGAGUGACUGCUGAAAGGAACCUGUUUGACCGUGUGGUCACCCUGCGGCUGCCUGGCCUGGAGAGCGUGGACCACUACCCCAUCCUGGUGGCAGUAACAGGCAUCCUGGUACGGCUCCUGGUGCAUGGUCCAGCCUCAGAGACAGAGAGAGCCACAUCAGUGCUCCUGGCUGAUCCCUGCUUCCAGCUCCGAUCCAUAUGCUAUCUCCUGGGGCAGCCAGACCCUCCAGCACCUGGGACUUCCCUGUCUGCCCCAGACCGGAAGCGAUUCUCUCUGCAGAGCUACACAGAUUAUAUCAAUGCUGAGGAGCUGGCCCAGGUGGAGCAGAUGCUGGCUCAUCUGACCUCUGCAUCUGCUCAGGCAGCAGCUGCAUCCCUGGUGAGUGGGCCCACAGGACACAGGUCCAUGCCAUCUGAAUCUUUGCGUGCAAAGCUGUGUAGGUGUUUCCAACCCCAGCCCAACGUCCAUGCUCCUCCCUUAGCCCACCAGCGAGGAGGACCUCUGCCCAAUAUGCUAUGCCCACCCCAUCUCUGCUGUGUUCCAGCCCUGUGGUCACAAAUCUUGCAAAGCCUGCAUCAACCAGCACCUGAUGAACAACAAGGACUGCUUCUUCUGCAAAGCCACCAUCGAGUCUGUAGAGGACUGGGACAAGGUAGCAAAUACAGGCACCAUCUCCUCGGCUACUUAGGCCUGCCUAAUCCAUGGCCUGCUCCAUCUUAGAACCUCUAUCCUUGAAUCCAAACCUAGGCUGAGCCCUAUUUAUGAGCUCCCUCUGCCCUAUCCUCCAAUGUCACCCCCCACCCCCACCAUGUCCAGUCUGCUCCUUGCCUGCCUGUUGGCUUCUUGCUGGGAGCCCAGCAAUGACCCUAAUUAUGCCUGUGCUUGACUUUGAGUCAGGGCCAUAGUGAGCAUUA